AUGUCUCAAGAUGUCAGGAGUAGAUGGUUAAACAACAAUCGCGCUGGUCUUGAAGUUCAUCAGUUCUGGCCUUUGGUAAAAAUUGAGUGUUCACCUGAUCUUAGAUUCUUUCUUUGCUCCAUGUACACCCCUAUAUGUAUAGAUACAUAUCCUAAGCCUUUGCCCGCUUGUCGGUCAGUGUGUGAGCGGGCAAAGCUUGGUUGUUUACCAGUCAUGCAGAAAUAUGGCUUCGAAUGGCCGAGUAGAAUGUCUUGUUCCCUACUUCCUGAGUAUGGUGGGAAGGAACUAUGUAUGGAUGCCCAGGCCCAGAACCCUCAGGGUGCAGGACCCCUAAGCCGUCCCUCUAGUAGAGGUCUACCAGGGACUUCUCCACCACCACCACCAGGAUACCUGGGACAGGAGACAGAGUGUUCAUGUUCUGCAUGUGGUAGUAUUCCACAGGCAUAUCCAGGCAACAAUCUAGUUCAACUUAGACCCGGGAACCCUCUAUUUAACCAAUCUAUCAGCUGGGCUGGACAACCAGACUGUUCUGCCCCCUGCUACUCACCAUUCUUUGGGACUCAGGACAGAGAGUUUGCUGAACUAUGGUUAACAGUAUGGAGUGUGGUCUGCUGCGUGUCUACUUCGAUAACUAUUGCAACAUUUCUAUUAGAUCCUUCCAGGUACAACUAUCCUGAGAGAAGUAUCAUGUAUCUCUCAAGCUGCUACUUUCUCAUCAGUGUUGGAUUCAUUAUCAGAAUCAUUGUCGGGCACCAGACUGUAUCCUGCAGCCUACAGAAUCCACUGUCUAAACGUGGAUACAACAAUCUACUGGUUUCAAGAGCAAAAAUUCCCAACAUGUAUUCAGAUGAGGAUGAGGUAGUCUGCACCCUGGUGUUUGUACUGAUCUAUCUCUUCAGUAUGUCCAGCUCUCUUUGGUGGGUCAUUCUCACCUUGACCUGGUUUCUUUCAGCAGGUUUGAAGUGGGCCGAGGAGUCUAUAUCCAAGUACUCCAUCUGGUUUCAUGCUGUAGUGUGGGGAGUACCUCUUAUACAGACUACAGUUCUACUCCUUAUAUCAGGAGUAGAGGGAGAUAAUGUAGCAGGAAUUUGUUAUGUUGGGAGUAGAAAUCCGAGUACUAUGCUUUUCUUCAUUAUCCUACCCCUCACAUUAUACUUGAUCAUUGGCAUUUCUUUUCUUUCUGGAGGUUUUAUCAGUCUGUUCAAAAUCAGACGAAUGUUGCGUGAGGACGGAAUUUACGAAACAGCGGAUAAAUUGGAAAAGUUUAUAAUAAAGAUUGCUAUAUUCGGUAUUCUCUACAUAGCUCCUGUCCUUACUGUCAUAGCUUGCUCCACAUAUGAGGCCUGGAAUCUGUCAGCUUGGGAGAAAACUUAUUCCUGCCGGGGCUGCCUGAAUAAGUCUGAUGAAUAUUAUCCAGAUUUCUCGGUCUAUAUGCUCAAAUAUUUUAUGCAGUUGGCAGUAGGAAUAACGUCAGGGUUUUGGAUUUGGUCGGGAAAAACAAUAGACGCCUGGAGCUCAUUAUUAUCCAAACUUUUUAUUUUGAAACGGUUUAACAAAACUUUUUUUGGGAAACCCUCCCACCUUCCGCCCCUCCCUCCCCUCCCCCGAGUGAUAUAUGGCCCGCCCACCCAGCAAGCAGGGGGCGGGGAGAACCAUUAUUCAACUAUACCAAGGAGGCGAGUAGAAGAAGAAAUUCAUGUUUAAUGAGAAACUCCGUUCCGGGAAAGGCUGUGAUCUCAAAAAAGAAGAAUAUUUAUUGUAAAUAUCUUAAAGGAACUGAGUUUUUGCCAAUAAUUCUGCUUUUCUAAUCCCUGAUUUUUGGGACUCGAUGUCGUAGACUUGAUAUUUCAAACUAUGAAUUAUGAAGUCUGAAAUAUCAACAGAUUGUGAAGAUAUAAGGUUCAGAAAAUGUGAGUUUGUGGCAAAAACUCAAAUCCUUUGUUUGUGAGCUUGUUAUUUUCUUUUUUUUUGUAAUUAUAAUUUCUUUCAAGAGAAAAAAAAUAUAUUCAGUAAAGUACUCUGUAAUCUGUAGAUAUAUUAAAAAUAUAUAUUUAUACAUUAGUAAAAUUUAGAUCGAUUUGAAAAUAAAAAAUGUAAAUAUUUAAAAAUAUU